AUGGAAUUCCCCUUUGGGUCCCUGGAAACUAUCAACUUUCGCCGACUCACCCCAGAGUCCCUGGUGGAGAUUGAAAAGCAAAUUGCUGCCAAGAAGGCUGCAAAGAAAGUUAAAAAGAAGUGCAAGGGGGAAAAGGAUGAAGAAGAGAAGCCUCGGCCCCAGCUGGACUUGAAAGCCUGCAACCAGCUGCCCAAAUUCUAUGGGGAGCUCCCAGCUGAGUUGGUUGGCGAGCCUCUGGAGGAUCUGGAUCCCUUCUACAGAACAUACAGGACGUUCAUGGUGCUGAACAAAGGGAGGACCAUUUCCCGGUUUAGUGCCACUCGGGCCCUGUGGUUAUUCAGUCCUUUCAACCUGAUCAGAAGAACAGCCAUCAAAGUGUCUGUCCACUCAUAUCCUUUUUUCGGUUUAUUUAUUACUAUCACUAUUUUAACUAAUUGUGUGUUGAUGACCCGAACUGAUGUUCCAGAGAAAGUUGAGUAUGUCUUCACUGGCAUUUAUACCUUUGAAGCCUUGAUAAAGAUUCUGGCAAGAGGGUUUUGUUUAAAUAAGUUCACUUACCUUCGAGACCCUUGGAACUGGCUGGAUUUCAGCGUCAUCACACUGGCAUACGUCGGUGAAGCGAUGGAUCUCCGCGGGGUGUCAGGUCUGAGGACCUUCAGAGUUCUUAGAGCUUUAAAGACUGUGUCUGUGAUACCAGGGCUCAAGGUCAUCGUGGGAGCCCUUAUCCACUCUGUGAGGAAGCUGGCUGAUGUGACCAUCCUCACCAUCUUCUGCCUGAGCGUGUUUGCGUUGGUGGGUCUGCAGCUCUUUAAGGGUAACCUGAAAAACAAAUGUCUCAAGAAUUGCAGCAUUCCGAAUGACAACUGCGGAUAUGACUCUCAUUUCAUCCUCUUGUUUGCAGUUUACUACAAAAAGAAUGGCACCGAAGAUCCCUUACUCUGUGGCAAUGGAUCUGAUGCAGGCCACUGCCCUCCCGGUUUCCUAUGCCUUAAAACUGCUAGCAACCCAGAUUAUAACUACACCAGCUUUGAUUCCUUCUCUUGGGCCUUCCUCUCACUCUUCCGCCUCAUGACACAGGAUUCCUGGGAACGCCUCUACCAGCAGACCCUGAGGGCUUCUGGGAAAAUCUAUAUGGUUUUUUUCGUGCUUGUCAUCUUCCUGGGAUCUUUCUACCUGGUCAAUUUAAUCUUGGCUGUGGUUACCAUGGCCUAUGAGGAACAGAACCAAGCGACCAUUGAUGAAAUUGAAGCAAAGGAGAAGAAGUUCCGAGAGGCCUCUGAGUUGCUCCGAAAGGAACAGGAGGUUCUAGAAGUCCUGGGCGUGGACAUAGAAUCUCUCCACUCCUACAGUGGGUCACCUCCAGCUUUCAAACAUCUCAGUGAACAGAGGCAGAGAAUGAAGAUGAAGAUGUCAGAGAGCUCCGCAGAGGAGAACAAAUCCCCACAGUCUGACACUUACAACCAGCGCCGGAUGGCCUUGGACACUGGACAAAAGAACUUCCUGUCAGCAGAAUACUUGGAUGAAUCUUUCCGCUCGAAAAGGGCCAUGAGUGUGGUCAGCAUCAUGACCUCUGUCCUUGAAGAACUUGAAGAGUCUAAACGAAGGUGUCCACCUUGCUUGACCACACUGACUCAGAAAUAUCUGAUCUGGGAGUGCAGCCCCACGUGGUUGAAGUUCAAGAAGAUUCUCUUUGAGAUUGUGACGGACCCCUUUAUGGAGCUCACCAUCACCUUUUGCAUCGUGGUGAAUACAGUCUUCAUGGCGAUGGAGCACCAUGGCAUGAGCGAGGAGUUUGAAACCAUGCUCCAGACAGGCAACUAUGUCUUCACUGGGUUUUUCACUGCUGAAAUGGUCCUCAAAAUCAUUGCCUUUGAUCCCUACUAUUACUUCCAGAAGAAGUGGAACAUCUUUGACUGCGUCAUCGUCACUAUAAGCCUGAUGGAACUAGGCAUGGCCAAAAAGGGAAGUCUGUCGGUGCUGCGAACUUUCCGCCUGCUACGGGUCUUUAAGCUGGCCAAGUCCUGGCCUACCCUAAACACGCUCAUCAAGAUCAUUGGAAACUCAGUGGGAGCGCUGGGGAACCUCACCUUCAUCCUGGCCAUCAUCGUCUUUAUCUUCGCUCUGGUGGGCAAGCAGCUCCUUGGAGACAGCUAUAAGGAGAGAGGGUACAAGAUUGUUACCUCCAAUGAGCCCGCACCACGCUGGCACAUGAAGGACUUCUUCCACUCUUUCCUCAUUGUCUUCCGGAUUCUCUGCGGAGAGUGGAUUGAGAACAUGUGGUCAUGCAUGCAAGUGGGCCAGCAGUCGAUCUGCGUCGUCCUUUUCCUGAUGGUGAUGGUGCUGGGGAACUUGGUGGUUCUCAACCUGUUCAUCGCCCUGCUCCUGAACUCCUUCAGCGCUGACAAUCUCACGGCCCCAGAGGAGGAUGGUGAGGUGAACAACUUGCAGGUGGCCCUGGCCCGGAUCCAGGCAUUUGGUAGUCGAACCAGGAAGGCCCUUUGCAGCUUCUUCAGGAGGCCCUGCCUGCUGCCCCAGUCCAAGGCAGAGCCCCACGAGCUGGUGGUAAAACUCCCCCUUUCCAACUCUAAAGCGGACAACCACAUCCCACGGGAGCCUCCGAAGGAGUCCAAGGAUGAGCUCACUGACUUCAUCACUAAUGCGAAUGUAUGGGUCUCUGUGCCCAUUGCUGAGGCUGAAUCUGACCUCGAGGACCCGGAAGAAGAUGAUGAGGAUGUGCAGAGCUCUAGGCAGGAAGUGAUGCCCUCAACGCAGCCAGAGGUGCUGCCUCAAGCCAAGACCUGUGAGGACCCCCUGACGCCUAAAAGCCCAGACUUCAGAACAUCUUCUGAGGAUCUGGGUUCGUACCUGGGUGAGAAAUGGAAGAGCAGGACCGCAGAGGCCCCUAUUGAGGGGGCAGACGACACCAGCUCCUCCGAGGGCAGCACCGUGGACUGUCGGGAUCCAGAGGAGAUGCUGAGGAAGAUCCCAGAGCUGGCUGAGGACCUCGAGCUGCCAGACGACUGCUUCACAGAAGGCUGUGUCCGGCACUGUUCCUGGUGCCAAGUUGACACCACCAAGUCCCCAUGGGCCACGGGCUGGCAGGUGCGCAAGAUCUGCUACCGCAUCGUGGAGCAUGGCUGGUUCGAGAGCUUCAUCAUCUUCAUGAUCCUGCUCAGCAGUGGAGCACUGGCCUUUGAAGAUUAUUACCUCGACGAGAAGCCCAAUGUGAAGGCGUUGCUGGAAUACACCGACCGGGUGUUCACCUUCGUCUUCGUGUUUGAGAUGUUGCUCAAAUGGAUGGCCUAUGGCUUCAAGAAGUACUUCACCAAUGCCUGGUGCUGGCUGGACUUCCUCAUCGUGAAUAUCUCACUGACAAGCCUGAUAGCAAAGAUCCUGCAGUUUUCUGACAUUGCACCCAUCAAAGCCCUUCGGACCCUGCGCGCCCUGAGGCCUCUACGGGCACUGUCUCGAUUUGAAGGCAUGAGGGUGGUUGUGGAUGCCCUGGUGGGUGCCAUCCCAUCCAUCAUGAACGUCCUUCUCGUCUGCCUCAUCUUCUGGCUCAUCUUCAGCAUCAUGGGUGUGAACCUCUUUGCCGGCAAGUUUUGGAAAUGCAUUGACACAGCCAAUGGUGGAUUUUCUCUUGUGAAUUCAACUAAUGUGACAAACAAGACUGAAUGUGUAAUUAAAAACUACACCAAAACCUUUUUCUGGGUCAAUGUGAAGGUGAACUUUGAUAAUGUUGGCAUGGGUUACCUCGCGCUUCUGCAGGUGGCAACUUUCAAAGGCUGGAUGGACAUCAUGUAUGCGGCUGUGGAUUCCCGAUCAGAGGUGGACCUGCAGCCCCAGUGGGAAGACAGCGUGUAUAUGUACCUGUACUUUGUUGUCUUCAUCAUUUUCGGUGGCUUCUUCACGCUCAACCUCUUUGUUGGGGUCAUAAUUGACAACUUCAAUCAGCAGAAAAAAAAGUUAGGGGGCCAGGACAUCUUCAUGACAGAGGAGCAGAAGAAGUACUACAAAGCCAUGAAGAAGCUGGGCUCCAAGAAGCCCCAGAAGCCCAUCCCGCGACCCUUGAACAAGUACCAGGGCUUCGUCUUUGACAUCGUAACCAGACAAGCUUUUGACAUCACCAUCAUGGUUCUCAUCUGCCUCAACAUGAUCACCAUGAUGGUGGAGACUGAUGAGCAGAGUGAAGAAAAGACAAAAGUUCUUAACAAAAUCAACCAGUUCUUUGUGGCUGUGUUCACCGGGGAGUGUGUCAUGAAGAUGUUCGCCUUGAGGCAGUACUACUUCACCAAUGGCUGGAAUGUGUUUGACUUUAUUGUUGUGGUCCUGUCCAUUGGGAGCCUGGUAUUUUCUGUGAUUCUUAAGUCACUUGAAAAUUACUUCUCCCCCACCCUCUUCCGCGUCAUCCGCCUGGCCCGCAUCGGCCGCAUCCUCAGGCUGAUCCGAGCAGCCAAGGGCAUCCGCACACUGCUCUUCGCCCUCAUGAUGUCCCUGCCUGCCCUCUUCAACAUCGGGCUGCUGCUCUUCCUUGUCAUGUUCAUCUACUCCAUCUUCGGUAUGGCCAGCUUCCCCAAUGUAAAGUACGAGGCUGGCAUUGACGACAUGUUCAAUUUCAAGACCUUCGCCAACAGCAUGCUGUGCCUCUUCCAGAUCACCACCUCAGCAGGUUGGGAUGGCCUCCUGAGCCCCAUCCUCAACACGGGCCCCCCCUACUGUGACCCUGCUGUGAACAACACCAACAACUCUGUAGGGGACUGCGGUAACCCAGCUGUAGGCAUCAUCUUCUUCACCACAUACAUCAUCAUCUCCUUCCUCAUCGUCGUCAACAUGUACAUCGCAGUGAUCCUGGAGAACUUCAAUGUGGCCACAGAGGAGAGCACAGAACCUCUGAGCGAGGAUGAUUUCGAUAUGUUCUAUGAGACCUGGGAGAAGUUCGACCCAGAGGCCACCCAGUUCAUUUCCUUUUCAGCCCUCUCAGACUUUGCAGACACCCUCUCAGGCCCCCUACGAAUCCCAAAGCCUAAUCAGAGUGUAUUGAUUCAGAUGGACCUGCCCUUGGUCCCUGGAGAUAAGAUCCACUGUUUGGACAUCCUUUUUGCUUUCACCAAAAAUGUUCUGGGAGAAUCUGGAGAGUUGGAUACACUGAAGGCAAAUAUGGAGGAGAAAUUUAUGGCAACUAAUCUUUCCAAAGCAUCCUAUGAACCUAUAGCAACCACCCUCCGGUGGAAACAAGAAGAUAUUUCAGCCACUGUCAUUCAAAAGGCCUAUCGGAGCUAUGUCCUACAUCGUUCCAUCACAUUCUCCAAUCCCCAGAGGGUACCCAGAGCUGAAGAGCAGACUGGGUCACCCCCAGGUGAAGACUUUCCCGGUGCUUUUAUGGCAAAUGAACAUUGUAUGCUCCCAGACAAAUCUGCAACUGCCUCUGCCACAUCUUUCCCACCAUCCUACGACAGUGUCACUAGAGGCCUUAGUGACCAAGCCAACAUGAGCACAUCCAGCUCAAUGCAAAAUGAAGAUGAAGCUAUGAGUAAGACAGCAACUGGCCCUGGGCUGUAG